GCAAACCGGCAAAACAAAAUUCAGACACAAAAUUGAUGAAAGUUUGCCCGCCAAACAAAAUUUCAGAUGACUUUCGUGCCUCCAAAUUUUAGUUUUGACUCCCAAAAAAACUCAAAAUCACAGACAAAGCGCGAGAAACUUUGAUUUCAACUCUAAAGUUUUUUUCAGGAAUGGCGCUUAUGCUCGUCCUUUUUCAUCCCCCUCUCACCUUCACUUCUUCCUCCCACCAAAUCUCGAUCUCGAUCCUUCUCUCUCUCUCUUGCAAUCUCUUCAAUCCCUUCCUAAUUCAUGACGAAUCAAGAGAUCUGCGUGAGGGUGACGAGAGCGGCGGCGAAGAGAAAGGCUAUGGCCACGGAGGAGGAACGUGUCACCAAGAAGAGAGUUGUCCUCGGUGAGCUUCCCAACGUGUCCAACGUCAAGAAUCUCAGCCGGAAGAGAGAGAUCGCCAGUCCCACAAACAGUAUCGGAGCGAAGCUAAGAAAGACAGCUCCGGUUGCUUUGGCUGCCGUAGAAUUUGGAUCUGACAUUGAUGCUCGAUCUGAUGAUCCUAAGAUGUGUGGUCCUUAUGUCUCCGACAUCUACGAGUAUCUCCGUGAGAUGGAGGUGAAGCCGAAGAACAGACCUUUACCUGAUUACAUCGAGAAGGUUCAGAAAGAUGUAACACCAACCAUGAGAGGAGUAUUGGUUGAUUGGUUAGUGGAAGUUGCUGAAGAGUACAAGCUCUUGUCUGAAACACUCUAUCUCACUGUCUCUUACAUCGAUCGAUUCUUGUCCUUAAAGACUGUCAACAAACAGAGGCUUCAGCUUCUGGGCGUUUCUGCAAUGCUUAUUGCUUCGAAGUAUGAAGAGAUAAGUCCUCCCAAAGUGGAUGACUUCUGUUACAUCACUGAUAAUACAUUCUCGAAACAAGAUGUGGUGAAGAUGGAGGCAGAUAUACUUCUUGCGCUUCAGUUUGAAAUGGGAAGGCCAACAAUCAAUUCUUUUAUAAGACGGUUCACAAGGGUUGCUCAAGAAGAUUUCAAAGUGCCACACUUACAGCUAGAGCCACUCUCUUGCUAUUUAUCAGAGUUGAGUAUAUUAGAUUACAGAGCUGUCAAGUUUGUGCCAUCUAUGUUGGCUGCUUCUGCUGUCUUUCUUGCUCGGUUCAUCAUCCGUCCAAAACAACAUCCUUGGAAUCAAAUGUUAGAAGAAUACACAAAGUACAAAGCAGCUGAUCUACAAAAAUGUGUUGGAGUCAUUCAUGACUUGUAUCUAAGCAGAAGAGGAGGUGCUUUACAAGCUAUAAGAGAUAAAUACAAGCACCACAAGUUCCAGUGUGUUGCGACCAUGCCUGUAUCACCAGAGCUGCCAGUUACCUUUUGGGAGGAUGUUACCAUUUGAUCUGAAAUCAAAUUUUCUUUUGGCUGAGGUUUUGUUAUCUUAGGCAAAUCUUACUGAGUUCAGUUUCGUGAAACAUCUCUCUAAACCGACUUGUUAGUCAAAUAGUAUACAUAUUCUAUGGCUGAAGCUGGUGUAGUAAGACACUCUUGAAGUGAAGGCAGUAGCAAAAUAAUUUAUGUAUGUGCGUAAUGUGAUUUGUCAUUCAAGUAUCGUUUUGUAUACAAGAUUAGUAUGUACCCCUGGAAGUUGGAAUAAUACAAUAAUAUGAUUUAAGUUGG